AUGAAAAUAAAAUAUUUGGUAACAAUAUUUUUACUCUUUUCAAUUUUAAUAACAAAUAUAAAUUGUUUAGAAGGUAUUGAUACAGUUGUUGAUUCAGGAGAUGCAAUUGAAAAAGCACCACCACCACCAACAACAACAACAACAACUCCACCAACAAAGGAAAGUUCUGCACCAACAAAGGAAAGUUCUGCACCAGUUAUUAUUGAUACAGCAACUUUAACACCAACAAAAUCAACAACUGAUAUAAAUACUCCAACACUUGGACCAAGACAAACAGUUGCACCAAAUGAUGUCCCAACAUAUAAACCAACAUAUAAUACAAAACCACCAAAAUUCGAACCAUUAACAUCAUUACCACCAACACAACCACCUCCAAAAAGUGCAGCACCAACAACUAUUAAUACUAAAGCACCAACUGUAACUGCUCCACCACCAAUAACAACACCACCAACAACUCAACCACCAGAGACAGAGGCACCAGUAACUGAAGCACCUGAAGAAACAAUAACUCCUUCUAAAACUUCAUCACCAAGUAAAACAAAAAAUCCUUCUAAAACUUCAUCACCAACAAAAACAUCUGCUCCUUCAAAAACUGAAGCACCUGAGGAGGAAGAAUCAACAUCCUAUCAAUUAGAAACUACAACCAAAGCACCAGUAACAGAAGCACCAAAAUCAACACCUGAAACCAAUUCAAUUCCAACUUUUUCAGAGUCAUCAUAUGGACUAAGUCUUGAAUUUGAUUCAGAUUCUUCAAAUUCAAAUCAAUUAACAAUUUUAUAUUCUUUACUUUUUAUCACAAUCAUUUCUACAAUUUUAAUUUUUUAA